UGUUAAAUAACAAGCCUUCUAUUAUCUAUAUUCUAGUUAAUACGUGUGCUUGGGAGUCCUUGCAAUUUGAAUAAACCAAGAUCUUACCAUGACUGCAAUUUUAGAGAGACGCGAAAGUACAAGCCUGUGGGGUCGCUUCUGCAACUGGAUAACUAGCACUGAAAAUCGUCUUUACAUCGGAUGGUUCGGUGUUUUGAUGAUCCCUACCUUAUUGACCGCAACUUCUGUAUUUAUUAUCGCCUUCAUCGCUGCCCCUCCAGUAGAUAUUGAUGGUAUUCGUGAGCCUGUUUCUGGUUCUUUACUUUAUGGAAACAAUAUUAUCUCUGGUGCUAUUAUCCCUACUUCUGCGGCGAUCGGAUUGCACUUUUACCCAAUUUGGGAAGCUGCAUCUGUUGAUGAGUGGUUAUACAAUGGUGGUCCUUAUGAGCUAAUUGUUCUACACUUCUUACUUGGUGUAGCUUGUUAUAUGGGUCGUGAGUGGGAACUUAGUUUCCGUCUGGGUAUGCGUCCUUGGAUUGCUGUUGCAUAUUCAGCUCCUGUUGCAGCUGCUACUGCUGUUUUCUUGAUUUACCCUAUUGGUCAAGGAAGCUUUUCUGAUGGUAUGCCUUUAGGAAUCUCUGGUACUUUCAACUUUAUGAUUGUAUUCCAGGCAGAGCACAACAUCCUUAUGCAUCCAUUCCACAUGUUAGGUGUAGCUGGUGUAUUCGGCGGUUCCCUAUUCAGUGCUAUGCAUGGUUCCUUGGUAACCUCUAGUUUGAUCAGGGAAACUACUGAAAAUGAAUCCGCUAAUGAGGGUUACAAAUUUGGUCAAGAGGAAGAAACUUAUAAUAUUGUGGCUGCUCAUGGUUAUUUUGGCCGAUUAAUCUUCCAAUAUGCUAGUUUCAACAACUCUCGUUCUUUACACUUCUUCUUGGCUGCUUGGCCUGUAGUAGGAAUCUGGUUCACUACUUUAGGUAUUAGUACUAUGGCUUUCAACCUAAAUGGUUUCAAUUUCAACCAAUCUGUAGUUGAUAGUCAAGGUCGCGUUAUUAAUACUUGGGCUGAUAUCAUCAACCGUGCUAACCUUGGUAUGGAAGUAAUGCAUGAACAUAAUGCUCACAACUUCCCUCUAGACUUAGCUGCUGUUGAAGUUCCAUCUAUUAAUGGAUAAGAUUUUUCUGCUAACAUAUAAGAAUUUUUGAAGAAAGAAAAGACAAAAAUACCCAAUAUCUUGUUCUAGCAAGAUAUUGGGUAUUUCUGUCUUUAUUUUGAAUCUUUUUUUCUUCUUAAUCUUUCUAUUUAGAAUUCAGUUAACGACGAGAUUUGGUAUCCUUUCUUGCAUUUUCAUAACUCGUGAAAUGCCGAGUAGGCACGAAUUCCCCCAAUUUGCGACCUACCAUAGGAUUUGUUAUGUAAAUAGGUAUAUGUUCCUUUCCAUUAUGAAUCGCGAUUGUAUGGCCAACCAUUGUGGGUAGAAUGCUAGAUGCCCGGGACCACGUUACUAUUGUUUCUUUCUCCUCCUUCAUAUUGACCUUUUCUAUCUUUGCCAAUAAAUGAUGAGCUACAAAAGGAUUCGUUUUUUUCGUGUCACAGCUGAUUACUCCUUUUUUCCUUUUUAAAGAGUGGCAUUCUAUGUCCAAUAUCUCGAUCGAAGUACGGAGGUCAGAAUAAAUAGAAUAAUGAUCAAUGGAAAAAAGAAAAAAAUCCUUUAGCUGGAUAAGG